AUGGCGACCUCCAUUGGAGCCCGAACCUGCCUGCCUACCUGCCAGCCUGCUUUGCCUACAGGACUGACUGACUGGUUGAGAAACAAAAUUGGGGACGAGGAGUGGUUGAGUUCCAAAGUGGAAGAGUCCAGUCUUGCUGAACAUCAGAGAAUCCACCCUGGGGAGAAGAAGCCUUAUGAAUGCAUGCAAUGUGGAAAGACAUUCACUUGGAAGUCCAGUCUUGCUGAACAUCAGAGAAUCCACACAGGGGAGAAGAAGCCUUAUGAAUGCAUGCAAUGUGGAAAGACGUUCAGUAGAAACUCUCAUCUUAUUGUACAUCAGAGAACCCACACUGGGGAGAAACCUUAUGAAUGCAAGCAAUGUGGAAAGAUAUUCAUUCAGGGCUCCAAUCUUAGAAAACAUCAGAGAAUCCACACUGGGGAAAAACCUUAUGAAUGCCAGAAAUGUGGAAAGACAUUCACUUGGAACUCCAGUCUUGCUGAACAUCAGAGAAUCCACCCUGGGGAGAAGAAGCCUUAUGAAUGCAUGCAAUGUGGAAAGACAUUCAGUAGAAACUCUAAUCUUAUUGUACAUCAGAGAACUCACACUGGAGAGAAACCUUAUGAAUGCAAGCAAUGUGGAAAGAUAUUCAGUCAGAGGUCUAGUCUCGGAAAACAUCAGAGAAUCCACACUGGGGAAAAACCUUAUGAAUGCCAGAAAUGUGGAAAGACAUUCACUUGGAAGUCCAGUCUUGCUAAACAUCAGAGAAUCCACACUGGGGAGAAGAAGUCUUAUGAAUGCAUGCAAUGUGGAAAGACAUUCAGUAAAAACUCUAAUCUUAUUGUACAUCAGAGAACCCACACUGGAGAGAAACCUUAUGAAUGCAAGCAAUGUGGAAAGAUAUUCAUUCAGGGCUCCAAUCUUAGAAAACAUCAGAGAAUCCACUCUGGGGAAAAACCUUACGAGUGCAAGCAAUGUGGAAAGUCAUUCAGUCAAAGCUCUCAUCUUAUUGUACAUCAGAGAACCCAUACUGGGGAGAAACCUUAUGAAUGCACACAAUGUGGAAAGACAUUCAGUAGAAACUCUAAUCUUAUUGUACAUCAGAGAACCCACACUGGGGAGAAACCUUAUGAAUGCAAGCAAUGUGGAAAAACAUACACUUGGAAGUUCAGUCUUGUUGAACAUCAGAGAAUCCACACUGGGAAGAAACCUUAUGAAUGCAAGCAAUGUGGAAAGAUAUUUAUUCAGGGCUCCUAUCUUAGAAAACAUCAGAGAAUCCACACUGGGGAAAAGCCUUAUGAAUGCAAGCAAUGUGGAAAGACAUUCACUUGGAAGAUCAGUCUUGCUAAACAUCAGAGAAUCCACACUGGGGAAAAACCUUAUGAAUGCAAGCAAUGUGGAAAGACAUUCACUUGGAAGGUCAGUCUUGCUAAACAUCAGAGAACCCACACUGGGAAAAGACCUUAUGAAUGCAAACAAUGUGGAAAGACAUUCACUAGAAACUCUAAUCUUAUUGUACAUCAGAGAACCCACACUGGAGAGAAACCUUAUGACUGCAAGCAAUGUGGAAAGUCAUUCAGUCGAAGCUCUCAUCUUAUUGUACAUCAGAGAACCCACACUGGGGUGGUCAUCAAGAAAAAGCCACUUGGAAGUUUGGUUUGUGCUGCCAUCUCUAUUCUUAAUUCAUCAGAGGAAUUUGCCAAUAAGUCUUUUGUCCUGUUGGACUGA